CUCCCUGAGUCGUCUCGGGGAGAUAGGGCGAGUUACAAAUAAAGUCUUAUUAAGCAGGCACAUACAGUAUUUUACCCAGUAUGAAGGAAAGUUGUACCUAUUUUAUGUUUAUGAUUUAUCAUAGUUGUUUGUAAAUCCUCAAGUUUGGUAAGGAAGGCUACCAAACAGAAUUGAUUUACUCAUGUGUGUGUGUGUGUGUGUGUGUGUGUAUAUAUAUAUUUAUAUUUAUAUUUCAGAGCAAAAGAGUAAAAUGUAUGUGUCAAUCAGUAACAUGUUUUUGUGGUCUAGCAAUUAUUGUGGGUAAAUUUGCAGAUCCUAAAAUAAAAGGAACAGUACUGGUUUCUUUUCCUCAUUUUCUGGUUCCGUUCAGCUGUGGCACGAGAAAAGCAAUGGCAGGAGUUUGGAUAUAAAUCAGUAUGAUUGGGAGAAAAAUCUUCUAUAUUCAGUAUGCGACUGUAUAUUGGUCGAAAGCUGAAAAGUCCUUCCAGAUUAAAGAUGUAUUGGACAAGAAUGGUGAUGCUUAUGGCUACUACAAUGACAGUGUACAUUCCACAGGGUGGGGGAUUCUUGAGAUCAAAGCAGGAUAUGGUAGCCAUGCCCUUGGCAAUGAAGACCUCAUGUAUGCUGCAGGCUAUUUGGAGGGCUAUCUCACCGCUUCACAUAUGUGUGACCAUGUUGCAAACCUGUAUCCACAGCUGAUUAAAAAUGUCAUCGUUGAGAAAAAAGUUCAAGAUUUCAUGAGCAAACAAGAUCAGUGGACUAGACAACAAAUCAAAACCAAAAAGGACGAUCCAUUCUGGAGGCAUGCAGGGUAUAUUAUUGCCCAGUUGGAUGGCCUGUACAUGGGGACUGUGGAAUGGGCUAAACGAGAACAAAGAACACCUCUCAGUGCCUUUCAAGUUAGUUUUUUGAAUGCAGUUGGAGAUCUUCUUGACCUUAUUCCUGCCUUAUUCUCAGAUAAAGCAGUGGCCAUUGAUAGCAUAUUACCAAUAGGCAUCCAGCGAUACCAGGGGGAUAUGGGCCAUUGCUCAGCUCUGAUCAAGGUUCUUCCCGGAUAUGAGAAUGUCUACUUUGCUCAUUCUAGCUGGUUCACAUAUGCAGCCACUUUGAGAAUCUAUAAGCACUGGGAUUUCAAAAUUGAUGAUCCACAAACAAGCUCAGGCCGUGCCUCAUUUAGCAGUUAUCCAGGUUUUUUGGUGUCUCUAGAUGACUUUUAUAUACUUGGCAAUGGCUUGAUCAUGUUGCAGACCACCAACAGUGUUUAUAACCAAACUCUCCUGAGACAAAUUGUACCUGAGAGCCUCUUUGCCUGGCAGAGAGUCCGCAUUGCCAACAUGAUGGCAGAUUCUGGAAAGGCCUGGGGAGACAUCUUUAAAAAGGAAAAUUCUGGUACCUAUAAUAACCAGUACAUGGUCUUAGAUACAAAGAAGAUCAAAUUGCAAAGGAGCCUUGAUAAUGGAACUCUCUAUGUAAUUGAACAGAUUCCGAACCACGUGGAAUAUUCUGAUCAGACAGAUGUUCUCCGAAGAGGAUACUGGCCAUCCUACAAUGUCCCUUUCUAUGAAAAUAUUUAUAACAUGAGUGGAUAUGUUGAAUAUGUUAAAAAAUACGGAUUGGACUAUUCUUAUGAAAUGGCUCCCAGGGCAAAAAUCUUCCGACGGGACCAAGGAAAAGUUGUGGACAUUGAGACCAUGAAAUACAUCAUGAGAUACAACAACUACAAGAAGGAGCCCUAUGCAAGAAACAACCCUUGCAAUACCAUUUGCUGUCGAGCAGAUUUGAACCUCAAGACUCCAGUUCCAGCUGGUUGUUAUGACACUAAGGUAGCAGACAUCAAUAUGGCUAUGAAGUUUACAUCCUAUGCCAUCAAUGGUCCACCUGUGGAGGAAGGUCUGCCCAUCUUCACCUGGAGCCGUUUCAACCAGACAAAACAUCAGGGCUUACCAGACUCAUAUAAUUUUGAUUUCAUCACUAUGAAGCCAGUAUUGUGAAACUACAAUCAGAAACUGAAUUGAAUGUGUGUUUGUGUGGGUGGGAGGGAAGGAGGGAGGGAGAUUUUCUCAUUAUGCUUUUACUGCUUACCAAAUAAAGUGUAACCCAAGAUCCCACCUUUGGUGCCUUAACUGGUGUUAUGUAGGCUGGGAGUAGGUGGAGAUACAAUGAAGUAACUUCACAAGAAAGCACAGCAGAAAUUAGAAAAUGGAAUACAGAUUGGCAGUAAAACAAUCCACUUUCUGUUGUGCUCUUUAAUCCUCUGUGCAACAGGGAAGGUAACUUGCCAUCCGUGGUGAAGUGUUUUAUAGACUGAGGAGAAAAUCUUUACUACUAUAAAGUUUGUAUUGGAAUACCUUUAACUCCCUUAAGGGAAUUGAAUUAUUUCCUACAACCAAUUUUAUAUGUAUGCAGUUGCUAUAGGCUCCUAAGUUCCCUGUGAGACUCUUUUUGCAUAUAGUGCACUGGUGCAGUGCUUCUUUUUCAGAUGGUGCCUCAACAUUACUGGCAUCAAUACUUUGGUUUCAGUUCACUAUCUUGAAACUUGAAGUUCUUGAAUGCUUUAAAAGAUAAGUAAUCCACCGGCUGUAAGAAGCUUUCUUUGCAUAUAUCACAGAAAGCAAGCAAACUUUUCAUCUAUAUUAAAAGUAGAUCAAAGCAAGUCUUGAUAUGUGGAGGGGAGUAUUUCCAACUCUUGCUACACAGUGAGUGAAAAAACCAAAAUUGGGGAAAAAUCACUUUAAAAUUCAAAGGUGAACAACUGAUGAGAAUCUAAGCUUGAAAUGGAGAGUCUGGUUGGCAUUUGACUGUAAAAAUAGUGUGCAUUAGAGUGGUUUUUCUCUGUUUCUGAAAUGGAUGAUCCCAAACUUGUUCACUGCAAGGAAAGACAAUAUCCCUAGAUAUUCUCUCUCAAUCUCUUGCUAGAUCUAUGUCUAUUGCAGCAAAAACACCUAGGAUUGUUUUGACAUCUGAAUGGUUAACCAUUUUAUGUGAUAUAAACCUUUUUAACCACAGCCCACUUAAUCAAUACUUUAAGUGGAGUGUUUUUUUGAAAGAUCCUUGAACAAAUGCUUGGGCAGGUGGAGGAAAUUACGUUGCAGCUGCAACAUAACUGGGGAAAGGUUCGUUCAUUCUGUGUCAUAACAACAGCUGGUUGUAAACUGGUUUUUAAUUGCAUACAUUGUUACAUGGAAUAUA